GCGCCGCCACAGAGCGCUGGAGGGGCCGGGAGCGCUGGAGGUGCCGCUCGCCCGCCCGCCCCGCGGCAGCCCCGGCUCGCCGCGGCGCCAGGCAGGGCCCCCGCCGGAGGAUGCUCGGCCGGCCCCCGGGGCCAGGACCUGGACUAGCAGCAGGACUGGGACUGGCAGCAUGUGCUGCGCUCCGGGGACGGCCCCCACCCGCGGCACCCCGAGAGUAGCUGCUGGAAGGCCGCCCUGCCGUAGCCGCUGACGCUAUGGAACACCGCAUCCGCUGCUCUCGGCUGUAGGAUGGUAGCGCACAGCAAGGUGUCAGCAGAUAAUGCACUUGGAGCAGACCCAAGACGGCUUCUUGACCCUCCGGCACGGGAUUGCUCGCAGGCACGAGGCUUCCAGGGCCCCGGCCGGCCCGGCACUGUGCAGGCACAGGGCAACACACACUUCCGAACCUUUCGCUCCCAAGCCGAUUUCAGUAGCAUCACUCGAGCCAGCAGCCUGCUGGAUGCCUGUGGCUUCUACUGGGGCCCUCUGACUGUCAGUGCUGCCCACGAGAAGCUGAAGUCUGAGCCCGAGGGCACCUUCCUCAUCAGGGACAGCACACAAAAGAAUUGCUUCUUUGCCAUCAGUGUUAAGACUGCAACUGGGCCCACCAGUAUCCGGAUUAACUUUCAGACUGGGCGUUUCAGCCUGGAUGGCAGCAAAGAGACUUUUGACUGUCUUUUCAAGCUGCUGGAACAUUACCUAAGCUCCCCGAGGAAGGUACUGGUUACCCCCCUUCGCAAGGUCCGGGUGCAGCCGCUGCAGGAGCUCUGCCGCAAAAGCAUCGUGAAGACUUUUGGAAGAGAGAACUUAAAUCAGAUCCCACUCAAUCCUGUUUUAAAGGACUACCUGAAAUCCUUCCCAUUUCAGAUAUAAGUGCAGCAUUAACUGUAUAGGGACACAUUAGACAUGUGUAACAAAAUCCAUCUUCCUGGAUUUUUAAUUAUGUUUGACAGUGAGCAAACUUAUUUUUGUAGCAGUUUACUGUAUUUUGUGAUGGAACCUGAACACUUGACUUCUUAUGUUUACAAAAAUUGUUUGCACAAACCUGGGGUUUUAAAACCCUGGCAUAAUUUUUCUGCCAAGCAGAAUAUUUUACUAUUUUAUAAUAUUUUUAAUGAUAUUAACAUAAUAAACUUUAUUGUCACAGUUUUUAAAAAAAUAGCAUCUCUGGUUUUAGUUUUAAAGGCUCUGGCACCUAUCCUGCUGGCAGAUUAACUACUUAACUGAGUGUGUAAGUACAGACAGGUCUCCACAUGGUCCUGCUUCUUUGCCCUAGCAAAUUAGUCUGUCUUAGUGCUGGUCCAGCAGGCAGAGGAUUCCUGCCUGCAAAAGCCUACAACAAAAAAGGGCAAGCAAGUAGAAAAUAUACUCAGGGUGAAUCUGCCCAGGAGUCCACCUCUCUCCUAAAUCCAUGAGAGCAGGAACACUGUAUUAAGACUGCAGUGAUGCAUAGUUUAUGACAGUGUAAAUCAAACCCUUGACUGAGCAAGCUGCACCAACACUGGUUUGCCUUAUUUCUGUGGAAAGGUGCAAAACCCUAAGCUAGAAGACAUUGCUGUCUGACAUAACCAAACCCUAUGAACCUCGGUGGGGAAAAAUAAAAUUGUCCAGAAAUGCUCUUCACACACUUUAAAAGUCUGUGAAUGCUGUAUCAUUGUGGUGCACUGGGGAAAGGAUAGCUUAGUUCUCUUUGAAAAUUUGCGUACACAAAUGGCAAAGGUGCAGACAUACUUACACAUAAAAAGAUGCUUCUAAUCUUGAAUUCCUCCUCAUCUACAGAGCAGAGAUUUGGCAU